CCCCGGGCGGCCGCGGCUAGCAGCCAGCCAGCUGCCCUGAGGAGCGGAGGUCGUCGGUCCGCCUCGUCCUCCUCACCGCUCCGCUCCGUCCUUCCCCCGCCUGGGAGGGGCGAGAGGAGCCGCGGCUGAUGUCAGUGUAAUGGGAUUACUGAAUGCUGGCGUGUUGGCCAUACUGCUUUGAGUGCAUGGAAAUUCUAUACUCUUAGGAGCUGACUGUAAUUGAGAGAUAAAUGUCAAGUGAGCCAUCUGCACAGGAUAUUUACUGUGUAAAAUAUACUUUCGGGAAAUGGCCUCUAAAUCUUGGCUGAAUUUUUUAACCUUCCUUUGUGGAUCAGCAAUAGGAUUUUUUUUAUGUUCUCAACUAUUUAGUAUUUUGCUGGGAGAACAAGGUGAUCCCCAGCCCAACCAGCCCAAUAUUCUUCAUAAUGAUCCUCAUGCUAGACACUCAGAUGAUAAUGGGCACAAUCAUCUAGAAGGACAAAUGAACUUCAAUGCAGAUUCUAGCCAACAUAAAGAUGAGAACAUAGACAUCUCUGAGAACCUCUACCAAAAAGUUAAAAUUCUCUGCUGGGUUAUGACAGGCCCUCAAAAUCUAGAGAAAAAGGCCAAACACGUCAAAGCUACAUGGGCCCAGCGUUGUAAUAAAGUGUUGUUCAUGAGCUCAGAAGAAAAUAAAAACUUCCCUGCUGUGGGAUUAAAAACCAAAGAAGGCAGAGAUCAGCUGUACUGGAAAACAAUCAGAGCUUUUCAGUAUGUCCAUGACCAUUACUUAGAGGAUGCGGAUUGGUUUAUGAAAGCAGAUGAUGACACUUAUGUCAUCCUGGACAACUUGAGGUGGCUCCUGUCAAAGUAUGACCCUGAGCAACCCAUAUACUUUGGGAGAAGAUUUAAACCCUAUGUGAAGCAGGGUUACAUGAGUGGAGGAGCAGGAUAUGUGCUAAGCAAAGAAGCCUUGAAAAGGUUUGUUGAUGCAUUUAAAACAGAAAAAUGUACACAUAGUUCCUCCAUCGAAGACUUGGCUCUGGGAAAAUGCAUGGAAACUAUAAAUGUGGAAGCUGGGGAUUCCAGAGAUACCACUGGAAAAGAAACUUUCCAUCCUUUUGUGCCAGAACACCACUUAAUCAAAGGUUAUCUACCUAAAACCUUUUGGUACUGGAACUAUAACUAUUAUCCUCCUGUAGAGGGUCCUGGUUGCUGUUCUGAUCUUGCAGUUUCUUUUCAUUAUGUUGAUCCCACAACUAUGUAUGUAUUAGAAUACCUCGUCUAUCAUCUUCGUCCAUAUGGUUAUUUAUAUAGGUAUCAACCUAUCUUACAUGAGGAUAUACUAAAGGAAAUUGGUCAAACAAACAAAAAUGAAGAUAAAAAAGUAAAAUUAGGCAACCCUUGAAAGCAAAAUGUGAGUGAACUGAGGUGAAACAUUCUAGCAUUGCACUGAAGGACUCCUGCAUCUCAGUGAGGAAUUUGCUCUAAGUGACCAUUCCACAUAGAAAUCAUUAAACGAGUGACUGCAACCUGAAGCUUUUAAUGAGCUGAAAAGUCUGUUAAAAUGUGUGUUUUGAUACAGUAAUAUAUAAAUACAUGUGUGAAGAAUUUGUGUUUUUAAAAUGGUGACAGAGAAAGAACUAGAAAAGAGAUUCUGUUACCUGUUCCCAACCAUGGGCAUUACUGUCACUGAGAAACAACGACGGUUAAAUUGGCCAAAACUGCAACUACAGCCUGUUAGUAACACAAUGCUGAGUAGAUCUGCCUUAAAGAAGAUUUUGGGAGGAAUUAUUGCACAGUGCUGAUGACUCAUUUAUAGUAUGGAAAUGAACCAACCCCUCACAGUUGUCUAAUGAAAACUUUGCUGUAGUUAUUUCUAGUUGGCAGUAUUUCUUCAAGAAGGUUGAGUAAGAGUGGCACUUAAGUGUGUUAAUAAAACAACAUUUUGACAUUAUCAUGAACCUUGGCUAUAUUGUAUACUUGGUUCUAAUUAAUCCUUUACCAAGCCCCUUUUGUCACUAUUCUAAAUGUUUAACCACUCGAAUACCAUUCUCCACUAUUGUGUAUUUAAUCAAAGCAUUGACAGCAUUCUGUAAAACAUGAAGUUUGAUUUUUUUCCCCCAAAUUUGCCUAUUGUUAAUUAUGGGGAAAUGAUAUUAACUUUAAUGCUAUUUGAGCAUGUUUUUCUUACACCGCUGCCACUCUCAGGAAUGACUAAAUGACAUUUUAAAUUGAUUAUUUGGAACUCUUCCGAACACAUAAUUAUUGUUCCUUUUAUUCUCAUCUUAUUGAGAGAUAAGAACCUGUUUGUGCCUUUCAUAAGUUGUUUAAAAGUUUUAAAUUUAUUUUUAAGUUUGAUGUGGCUGUUGACACUGACAAAAUAUUUUGAAUGCAAGUUUUGUCCAGAGUUAAUUAAAACACUGCAAAUGAAAAUUGUGUAAGCAAACUAAAAUGCCAUAUACUUUAUUUAUGAAUAACACCCUGAAAGUCUGAUGCUGACUCAUUCUGACAACAGCAUGCCUACUUAAGACUGCCAUCAUCAGCAUACUCACAAAUAUUUUAUUCUCACUUGAGUUAUUCUCUAUUCAAAGAGUUUCUGGAAGGAUACAAAGUUUUAACCUCUUUGUGUCUUCAGCAAUAUGAGUAUAGAGUAUACUAUUUUACAGUUUUCCAUAAAAUGGUUUUAAAUAUUGCAUAUGAUUUACAUUUCUGAUCAUUGUGUUAAUAUUAUGUGGUCUUAUACCUUUGACUAUCUUUCUUGGCUAAAUACUUUAUACUAAUUGUGCCAAAAUCGUGAUCUCUUUGGAUGAUAUAUUUGAAAGGAUGUACAUUUCAGUGGCUAAGAUAAAUUACUCUGUCCAUAUAAUGAAAAAACAUAUCAACUUUACCUGUUAAAUUGGUUUCAAUUGUUUUAUGAUGAUAUCAUCUGCCAUAAUUUUAAGGUAUUCAUUUUGCUCUUUUCCAUGGUUUGGAAUGAUUUUAUCUAUAGUAGAACUACAGAUAUAAAUGCUUUAUCAUAAUCAUCCAAAAAUCAUAAGAUUUGCUUAUAGAAAAUGAAUGCUGCAAUGAAUCCUGGGCUCUGGAGUUAGGCAGCCUAGCUUGUAAGUUUCUGUUACCAGUUUUGUAACCGUGUGUAUUUUACUUAAUCUUUCUGUGCCUCAAUUUCCUCAUCUGUAAGUUAGGGAUAAUACUACCUACCUCAGGAUUUUAAUGAAAAUUAUGUAAGUUAAUAGAAGAUUCUUAGAAUACUCCUGGUCCCAAAUAGGGAGCAAUACGUACAACGAUUUGUUAUUCUAUUACCUUAUAGUAUAAAUAUUUGAGUUGAAUGGAGUUAUAAAAUCAGAUACUGUAGGAAAUAUUUUGCAUGUUUCUUACAGUUAGUAAUACGUAGUGUUCAUCUGGUGCCUACUCUGUGCCAGGUACUGAUCUUGCUCUACACAUGCGUGUUAGUUCUAACAAAUUAGGUGUUAUUCCUUAUUGUAGAUGAGGAAGCAAAAUUGAGGUUCAGAGAAGAAAGUAACUUUUCCACUGUCAUAAAACUAGAUGAAAUAGAGCUGGUUUAUAUUCCAGGCCUGUGUGUCCAUUGUGUUAUGCCAGCCUUGGGGUUAGUCAUUUAGCAUUGUUCCCUUUUUACAUAUCUGAUAUAUAACAUAUGGAACUAUUGGCCGAUAAUAAUCAAAUUAACUAGCUAAAUUGCUAUAGGAAAUCUUAAAUUUUGUUUCUCCCAUUCUGGCUAGGAGUUAAAUGGAGGUCUUGAUUUUAGCAUGAGGCCCCAGAAUAUGCAUUCUUACCAUAUCUUCUCAACAGUGUUGGCAGCAUUAGUACCUGACAGCUAGUUAGAGCUGCAACCCCUCCAGGGCAGAGGCUAGCACUGUGGUUUAAGAAGCCCAGUAGGUAAAUCUUACUCAUCCUAGAUUGAGAACCAUUGUCCACUUUUCCUAAUGUUUCUGGUGCAGAUAGUCUUUGGAACACACUCAGGAUUGCUUCCUCAUGAAAGAGGCAUUUUUCAAAGACUUAAAAAACAUGUUUUAAGUCUGGCAUGGUAGUGAACACCUUUAAUCCCAGCACUCAAGAGGCUGACAAAGGAGGAUUGCUGUGAGUUAAAGGCCAGCCUGGGACUGCAUAGUGAAUUCCAGGUCAGUUUGAACUAGAGAGACCCUGCCUCAAAAGCAAAACAGCAGCUACAACAGUAAGAUCAUGAUAUAUUAAAGGUAAAUAAUAUAAAGAUAAUUUAAGAAAGGCCAUUGCUUUGGGGAAAAUACUUUGGUUCUCUACAAUGACUAUUAUCAGGGCCCUCAAAAAAUCUACAAUUCUCAGCCUCGCAUGGUGGCACAAACCUUUAAUCCAAGGACUUGGGAAACAGAGGUAGGAGGAUCACCGUGAGUUUGAGGCCAUCCUGAGACUACAUAGUAAAAUCCAGGUCAGCUUGAGCUAGUGUGAUACCCUACCUCAAAAAAAAAAAAAAAAAAUCUAAAUUAUUCAAGUUUGUAAGUUCACAUUGAGCAGGAAGAGUUCAAUAAGUACUAAUACAUACACAUGAAUUCAUUAAAAGUUUAUUUGAAUGAGUGUCAUCAAAAGCAUCCACUAUUGUUACUAAAAAUUUUCAAUAGAAGUAGAAAAAUGCUGUUUUAUACUGGAGCAUUUUCUGCUAACUCACACCAUUAUUUAAAUUUCAUCACUUUUAAGAAUCUUUUUAUUAUUCCAGGAUCUAAUGAGGCAAAAAAUUUAGAUUUCCUGAUGAUGGUUUAUUCACAGUCUUCUAGAUUAAGAUAGAUAUUACUCUGCUAAAUGAUUUUAGUGUGAUGUCAAAACAUGAGGCUUUGAAUGCCUUAUGUUCUCCAGUAAAAGUAUGCUUUUAUUUUCUAGUGGGAAAGUCAUAGCUAAAAAGGUUUUGUCCCAAAGUUUGAUUGUCUUCAAAUACCUUAUAUUUAGAGAUCAUUUUGUAACCAUAAUAAGAUUAAGAAAUAAAUCACCAUUCUAACUACUUCUUGAAUAUGAUAGUUGGAUUUGAAUGUUGAGUUUGCUAAAUGGUUAUUUUCAUAGUUGUUUCUUGACUGUUAAUUUUUAUACCCUUUUUUGAGAUUAUCAAAGUAUAUUACCAGAUCAAGGCCCUUUUGUACUUGAAAGACUCCCUCACGGAUUGAUCAGGUUUUAUUUACCUAGUGUUUCAUUCAUUCAAAUUUUCAGUAUCAGUGCACUUGAUCAUUGCCUUGAUGGUCCCAUCAUAACCAGCUUCCAUUGUCUAGCUGCUCUUAAGGCUUCCUUCAUAAGGUUAAUUUGACUGCUAUUGGUGACUAAAAUUUAUAUCAUUCGCUGAUACUUUUAUACCUAUUAGGUUUCAGUUUCCCUGUGAGAUUAAAAGUCUAAGAGAAAUGUCUACUGGUUCUCAGGAUACUUGCCCUAAUUAAAAAUACACAAUUUAACAUUAAGUCUACUUCUGUAAUAAUUAAAGAAAGUUAAGUAUUUGGGUCUUCCCCACUUCUCUGACAAAAGACUCAUAUGCUUCAUUUUUCUACUUUACAUUAGAACUGACAAAAACAUAAGAAGGAAAUUUGGGCAGCAACCUGUGGUCUAUUUUAUGCUUAAUGUAACCUCCAAUGAUAAGAAAAUGUUUAUAUUGUAGAGUUGUAUUAGCAAUUUUAACACAGAUUGAAACAGAACUUGCACAGGCUCUCAUUCAAGAAGCAAGUCUGGAAGAGUUGAAUUUUGCUUCAUCUCAACUCCCUUACCUCUCUACUAGUUUUUGGUUUAUAUUAGGUAAGUUUGUAUAAUUUUGCAGGGCUCUAUGACUUAAUAAUCUACAUGAAGUAUAUUAUUAGAGGGAAACUAAUCUUACUGCUAAGCAGUGUGUUGUAUUACAUAUAGUUAAUAUUUGUGUUUUGGAAUUUAAAGAUUAUUUAAAGUAAUAGUGUCAUUGAAUGGUUUAAUAAUGUUUGGUGACUUGCUUAUUUUAAGUGAUCACCGUUAAGUCAGAAAAAUGUGUUUUUAAAUGUUUUUUAAAGUGCCUUUUGAUAAUU